AUGAAAUCACAGCGAGCUUACAUUAUCGCUUUGAAGCGAUAUUUGCUUCAAAAAUCGAAGCCUUACCCGCUCUGCCGUCCUUCCCGCCCUCGCCAGCCUCGCAAACCCUUCCAGUGGCGCCCGCGAAAGAUGGCCAUCGACCGUUUCCCCCUCGACUGGGAUCCAAUGGAGGUCGACAAGUCACUUGAGCUUGGAGAGCAUCAGUGUUCAGCCAUGGACAUUGAUAAGCCAAUCGAGCUGGAGGUGCCCCAGUGUCUAGCCAUGGACUAUGAGUACUGCGGUGACGUGGCAUUUGGCCCUCUGUCCCAAGUAUCUCUUCUCCAUGUGCCUUCACCGGCUCCUUUGCGCAGUUGCUUGUCUUCUGCUUCCGUUUUUAGAUGCUUGCCUGUGGGUUCUGUGAGUGGACGCUUGUCUUCUAGGUCUAUUCGUGGCCACCGCUUUUCUCCUGUCUCUUCGCGGAGACGAUCGACUGCUGCUACUGCCAGUGGUUCUCUUCCAGACCGUUUCUCCCGCGUCAACUCGACGGCGACUUGCCCUCCCACCAAGCCGCUGCCUACCAACCGGAAGAUAACAGCCCCUUCUGGUCGCUACUCUAGUCGUAACAUGCCAGCAGAUGUUUCCCAGCAUCUUGCUGGCCCGACUGUAGCUUCCACGGCGGCUGGUGAAGUUAUGCCUGUGGUUGAAAGCUCUUCUGUGGCUAGUGCCUCACCCGUGGUUGUUCGUUCUCCUGUGGUAGUUCCUCCGCCCGUCGCUGAGUCUGUGGCUGUUCAUUUGCCAGUCGCUGCGUCUGUGGCUGUUCCCUCGCCCGUCGCUGCGUCUGUGGUUGUUUCUUCUCCCGUCGCUGCAUCUGUGGCUGUUCCCUUGCCCGUCGCUGCGUCUGUGGUUGUUCCUUCUCCCGUCACUGCGUCUGUGGCUGUGCCUUCGCCCGUCGCUGCGUCUGUGGUUGUUCCUUCGCUCGUGACUGCGCCUGUGGUUGCUUCAACAUCUGAAGUGACCACUUCCUCCUUGGAUCCUCCUUCGUUGGUUUCUUGUCCCAGGACUCCUUCUGAGCCUCCUCGGCGGAGGAUUGCCGUGUCUCGUCAUCGAUUUUCGCGACGAUUCACUCCAAUCUCGCAGUCUUUGCGCCGCUCACGACGAGAACAGCGAACUAGCACGCCUUCCCCUCGUUCUUCGUCGUCUUCUCGCUCUUGUUCUCGCUCUCGUUCCCGUUCUCCGGUUGCUGGCGGUCGACCUCGUUCUCGUCCCCUUCCUCGUUCCCGCUCUCCGGUUGCUGGCGGUCGACCAAGUUCUCGUCCCCUUUCUCGUUCUCGUUCUCCGGUUGCUGGCGGUCGACGAGUCCGGCGUCGACUGUGCCCUAGACGGGCUAACAAUCCAGCUGUUGCAUCAGCCGUGCCGUGUCCCACUCCUUCUCCCCUUCUUGCCAGGACCUCUCGGCCAAGAAACGCGAUUCCUCGCAAUCGUUUUGCUCGUCGUGAGCAACGACGGCAGCGAACUCGCACGCCUUCCCCUCGUUCUUCGUCCUCUUCUGCUUCUGCUUCUCGUUCUUGCUCUCCUCGUCCGGCCGCUGGCGGCCGACGAAUCCGACAUAGAUUGCCCCAAAGACGGGCUAACAACUCAGCUGCUACAUCAGCGUUGCCGUGUUCCUCUUCACCAUCACCGUGUCCAUCUUCUACCCCGUCACCUUGCAUCUCUUCCCCCGCUGCUGGAUCAGCGUUACCGUGUCCCUCUCGUUCUGCUGUUGCUUUUUCCGCUUCGUCGGCCCCUUCCUGUCCUUUUGCUUUGGCUACUGCCAAUGACGGUGCUGCUGGUCAGUACCGUCGUCCCGCGAGCCCAUUGUCGCGGGACAGCUCUCCUCUCAUGCCUUCUCGCUGUGGGACCGUGUCCCCACUGGUGCUAGAGCUCGCGCAUAGCCCAGUUAACGGUCCCACUGGCGAGCAUGUCGAUAGCGUUGAAGACGCUAUCGAUAUGUUCCAGCGCUUGGAAACUAUCCAAGCUCUGGAUGAAGGCAGUUCUCAGCCUGGCUCUCCAAGGGCUGAGAGAGAGGAGAGCCUCCAACCGCCGCCUGUAAACCUCAAUGAGGCGGAUCUCAUUUCGAAUGAGAUCCCAGGCGGCGGUUCGGAGGCUGUAGCCGGUAAUAUCUACGAUAUUACCGGCUAA